AUGCCCGAUAGAAGCCCUGUAGUCGAUACACGGUAUCUAUCCAAUUCGAUUCUAGCCUGCAGUGGUGCGAUCGCUGGUGCCUCGGCGAAGACGAUUGUAGCUCCCUUGGAAAGGGUUAAAAUAAUAUUCCAAGCUAGCUCAACAAUGAAGUAUCGAUGGUCCAAUGUGUGGUCCACGUUGUUGGAAAUUCAGCAAAGAGACGGUUUGGCGGGUUUAUGGAAGGGUCACAUGGCAACCCUCGUCCGUAUUAUGCCCUAUUCAGCAACUAACUUUACUGUAUUCGAUAGGCUUUAUCGGAAACUGCAAGACACUCCAUAUAUAACUCAGCAUGUCCCAGCGAUGCUGAUUCGUUUUUUCAGCGGUAGCAUCUCGGGGGCUGCUGCGAUUUGUGUUAGUUAUCCUGCUGAUGUUCUGCGAUCACGUUUGGCCGUGGAUGUUAAUGGUGAAUAUUCGACGUAUUCACGAGCCUUCAGGAAAAUACUACAUACUCAGGGAUUGCGAGGCUUCUACUCUGGCGUCGGCGCAUCCCUGAUUGGUAUUCUCCCUUAUGCGGGUACUUCCUUCAUGUGCUUCGAAACACUAAAGAGUUAUAUCACUGAGAAAAAGCAUCAUUGGUCUACGAUAGAUAAACUAGCUUGUGGCGCUAUCGCCGGUUUAGUUGCGCAAACUUCUACUUAUCCUCUGGAAGUUGUCCGAAGGCGAAUGCAAGUUCACGGAAGUGACGUCUUUGGUGGCCUCGGAGUUCUUCAGUCGAUGAUUCAUGUUGCUCGAACGGAGGGGAUCCGAAAUGGGCUGUAUAAAGGAGUGACGAUGAAUUGGAUAAAGGGCCCUUUGGCGGUUGCUGUUAGUUUUACUGUCAAUGAUUGCAUUAAAGAGUUUAUGGCUGAGAGAAGAGAGUGA